UCGUGCGUCGCCUAGGAAACGGGAGCAUCCGCGUUGCCUCUGGGAGACCCGCCCCUGCCGCUCCAACCGCACUCGCGGGCGCUGCCCGUUAAUGGCGCGAGGGAGUCCCGAGCUGGAUCGGCUGCUGGCCUCUUCCUCGCCCCGGGGCCCCUGGCGAGUGCCUCUGUGACCCAGGGAACCGGCGGGCGCUCGCUGCUCGUGGCGCCGACACGGGCGCAAUCCAGGAGGCGAAGUAGGGCAGGGAGCUUCCGCCCCGAGGAGAGCCCGAGAGACGCGAGCCCUGGGACCCUCUCCGGGUCCUUGUCCCGCCGCCUCUGCCUGCCUCUCCCAGUCCUGCCCGCGCCCUCCGCCCGGGACUUGUCUCCUCACGUCGGCUCCUUGCCCUUCUCGGGAGCCUACUCUUCCCUGGGCUCCUCCCGCCCCCUCCGGGGACCCCUCCCCCCUCCCCACGCCUUCCCCAACUCGGAGGCCGGGCGGAGACCGCCCGCUUCUGCCACUCAAUGGAGGACGGUCUGCUGGAGAUCAUGACCAAGGACGGCGGCGACAUGCCGGCGCCUCUGGAGGUGUCCACCGUGCCGGCCGUGGGGGACGUGAUCUCCGCGGAGUACAACAGCGGCAUGAAGGAACUGAUGGAACACCUGAAGGCCCAGCUGCAGGCCCUGUUUGAGGACGUGAGGGCCAUGCGGGGGGCCCUGGACGAGCAGGCCUCGCAUAUCCAGGUGCUCUCGGACGACGUGUGCGCCAACCAACGGGCCAUCGUCUCCAUGUGCCGGAUUAUGACCACCGCGCCUCGCCAGGGCGGCCUGGGUGUGGUCGGCGGCAAGGGGAGCUUCCAGGGCGCCCCCCAAGAGCCGGGGAUCCCUUCGCUUGGGACUGGAGACAGCAGCUUGCUGGGUCGCGAUCCCGAAGACGAGGAGGGCGACGACGACGAAGAGGAGAAGGAGGUGCCCAGUCCCGCCGCACCCACCAGUCACUGUGAGCGCCCCAAGAGCCCCUGUGCUGGUCUCCUUGUGGGGGACGGGCCACUUGUGGAGCCCCUUGAUCUGCCCGACAUUGCCCUGCUGCAGUUGGAGGGCGAGGCCACCCUGUGAGGGGACUCCGCGUGGCACUACCUUCCCGGGCUGGCUUUGGGUUUCCCGGUGCAUGACGCGAGGGGAUUGAACGGCGCGGUGCAGCAUACUUCACUCCGACGGCUGCUCUUGUUGGUCAGACUGAGAGAGACUCCCCUGAGGAAGGAUUUGUAGGGUGAAGACUUUGGGAGCAUCAGUAAUUCUUUCUGCCAAACCAAGCGAGACUUUGCAAACCGCGGAAAGGUGAGGUUCCGGGAGAAGAAGCGCCCCCCAUCUCUGGACUCCCAACCAUCCCCUACCCUACCCUUGCCCCCUCCCCAGCCAGCUGGAGAACUCCUGAAUUGUGUAAAUAAAAUUCUGCUUUUUCUAUUCUGAAAAA